AUGGCCCCCGCUGCCGGCGCGAAGAAGCAGAAGAAGAAGUGGUCCAAGGGAAAGGUCAAGGACAAGGCCCAGCACGCCGUCAUCCUCGACAAGGCCACUUCCGACAAGCUGUACAAGGACGUCCAGUCCUACCGUCUCGUCACCGUCGCCACCCUUGUCGACAGGCUCAAGAUUAACGGCUCCCUGGCCCGCCAGUGUCUCAAGGACCUCGAGGAGAAGGGACAGAUCAAGCCCAUCGUCACGCACAGCAAGAUGAAGAUCUACACCCGUGCCGUCGGUGCUGCCGAGUAA